AUGGCGUUCAUUUCCGGUCAUAUCCGGGUUCAUUUACUUACGUAUUCAGGCAAACUUGACGAUGAGUUCCCUAUUUCGUUGGUAGACUAUUAUCCCGAAAGGGCGGAACUUCCGCGCGUUGGAACCCCCGAGUCGGUGGCAAAUGUGUCGAAACCUAAAUCGACGCAGGUUGCCGAUUUUAGCGUUAUCGGCAAGGAACUUUACCGGUACAGGAAAGUAAGCAGAGGGGGAGGUGGUCAGAAGAGUGGGAACAAGGAGAAAAAAAAGGAGGCGUGUCAGAGUGUCAAAAAGUCAGACGCAGCUGCGCCUUGCGCCUUGUGCAGCCAGUGUCGGAAGGUUAUGGAAAGUCUAGAAGAUGAUGGUUUACAUACGCCAGAGCAAAUCGGCAAUCCGGAAGAGGAAAAUAAAAAGAGGGCUCAGGCAAAAAGGUACUUUGUUGUUGUCAGGUUGGGUGGUAGCCUUACGGGCUUCCACAACAUCCCAAAUAGGGACCAGUGGGACUUCGGGCUCAUCUUAUGCAGUCUGCGGAGCAUGGAAGCUCGGGAUAUCGUGAUAGAAUCUCCGAAGCAGCCAAUGUGGUUGCCUAGAAUACCGCUGACUGAAGCGCCAGGGUUUGGUGCGCCAAUGAUAGGCUGA